AUGGUAGUAUCUCUCAACAACACAGGGACCCAGGUGACUGAGUUCCUGAUGAUCUGCUUUCCAGGAAUGCAGGACACACAGCACUGGCUAUCUGUGGCCCUGGCUCCCCUCCUGGUUUUGGCCCUGGGGGCCAACUUUGUGUUAUUACUCGUCAUCUGGCAGGAAGCGUCUCUACAUGAGCCCAUGUACUACCUGCUUGCCAUCCUCUCCUUGUUGGAUGUCAUUCUCUGCCUCACAGUCAUCCCCAAGGUCCUGUUCAUCUUAUGGUUCAACAUGAAGCCUAUCACCUUCGCUGGAUGCUUCCUACAGAUGUUCAUCAUGAAUACGUUUCUUCCUAUGGAGUCCUCUACCUUUCUGGUCAUGGCCUAUGACCGCUAUGUGGCCAUCUGCCACCCACUGCGCUACCCAUCCCUCAUCACGGAACAGUUUGUCAUUAAUGCAGCCAUUUUCAUUGUCUUGCGAAGUUUUCUGGUGACACUGCCCACACCAGUUCUGGCUGCCAGGCUCAACUACUGUGCCAGCAAUGUGGUGGAGAACUGCAUCUGUGCCAACAUUUCUGUGGCAAAGCUCUCCUGUGGGGAUAUUUACAUAAAUAAGCUCUACCAGUUUGUGAGUGUUUGGUGCCUACUGGGUUCUGAUCUGGUACUGAUCUUGCUGUCCUACUGCUUCAUCCUGAGGGCUGCAAUGCGUCUGCAUUCAGCGGGUGCAGCCACCAAGGCCUUGAGCACUUGUGGGUCCCAUCUCAUUCUUAUACUAUUCUUCUACACAUUGCUGCUGGUCUUCAUCUUCACAAACAAGGCAGGAAAGAAGGUGCCCUCAGAGGUACCCAUUCUUCUCAAUGUCUUGCAUCACCUUAUCCCACCAGCCCUGAAUCCCAUUGUUUAUGGAGUACGAACACAAGAAAUCAAGCAAGGAAUUAUCAGACUACUCAAGUACCACAAUUGA